ACUUGAUUAAAAUUUUAUCUUAGAAUUUAUCCAGAUAAAAACACUCUACCAAAUACUCACUUAAUAAUCUAUAGUUGGACCUCAACAUUAGAUAACUGACAUUAAUAUUUGAAUAAUAAUGUAUGACCUGGGUUGAGGGGAAUAAAUUAAAGCCAGAAUGGGGAGAUUGGAAGCACAGAAAAUAAUUGGCUACAAUGACUUCCCCUUUCAUCCACAACCAAGACUGGGACAUGUCGCAGGAGCCCUCAGAAAUUUUGUUCAAUUCAUUGCCAAGAAAUGCUGUUCUUGACCCUAUUCAAGAUUCUCUUUCCUUCGACAUGGUUGAUUCUUCCACUGCACCACCACAAGGAAAUCACAACCACACACAAGAAGUGAAGAAGAAGGAGAGGUCGUACAAAGGUGUGAGGAAGAGGCCAUGGGGAAAAUACGCAGCAGAGAUCAGAGACACAACGAGGAAUGGAAGAAGGGUUUGGCUUGGAACCUUCGAGAGUGCAGAAGCUGCUGCUUUGGCUUAUGACCAAGCUGCAUUCUCCAUGAGAGGCCACAGUGCUGUCCUCAAUUUUCCAGUCAAAAGGGUCAAAGAAUCUUUGCAAGAGAUUCAAUACACAUGCUUCACUGGUUCUUCUCCUGCACUUGCACUCAAGGAGAGGCACUGCAUCCAAAGAAAGUUGUCUUCAAAACCUAAAAAGUGUAAAGGGAAAGACCCCUCUCAGGAUCCAACACAAAGUCUGGUGGUGUUAGAGGAUUUGGGAGUUGACUAUUUAGAGCAUCUUUUAAGCAUAUCCGAUCAAAGUGAAAGCCCUAGCUGCUUCCACUAAACUUGUCACAGUAUUUCCCCUUUUAUUUUCCCUUUUCACAACAUCAAUUUCCAGCCAUGGCAUCUGUUUGUAUUGUAUUGUACUCUCUUUAGAUGAACCUGAAUUAAUAUCCUCUCUUCCGAACGAAUUUAUGCGCUUACUUGUGCAUUUCAAAGUUGAAGUGCUAUGAAUCCAUUCUUGCACCACACCCAUUGUCCAUCAUCCACAACAGGUUCAUUUUCUUCACAUUCCAACUUCACAAUUUAAGCAGUAAUUUCAAAUAAAAGUUCUCAAGUUAUGCUUUAUGGAAAAAACUUUAUCAGAAAUUCCACGAUAUCCUAAAAAAUUGUUAGUUUUGGUACUCAGAAAUUUUACUUUCCCUCUCUUAUGUAGUAUCAUUAAACUCAUUCAGCUUUUGAAUGUUGAUUCAAAGAUCAAUUGCACUAAAAUUUUAGAUAUACCUAGGAGCCAUACAUCUAGCAAAUCUCAAAGAUUAUUACAUUACUCGCUAUCUGUUUAUAUCAACAUGGUCUUGGAUUGUUUUAAUAGGCAGAAGAUUUAUUCAGU